AACUCAAAAUUUAUUUUCUUAUUGGAAAUGAUAAGUGGGGUGAGCUACUUGUCGAUUCAUCUUGAAGGUGAGUCAUAGGUGUAUGUGAGAGUUGCUUGUCGAUUUAAAUCGGCUCGCCAGGGAGUCAAGAAACAAAAAGCAAAUAAAAUAAUAAAAUUUUUGGAAGGAAAAAAAUCACAAGCCUGAAAUAUUUCGAGGGAACUGGCUCAUGCUUGGUUCGUCUCGAAGCGAGUCCGAGCCGAAUGACUCGGCCCAUUGAGAAAAAGGGGGGCAUAUUGAAAUAAUGAAAACUUGAGGGACCAGCUCAAGAUUUGAAGAUAAAUACAAAUACAAGUGAUAAUAAAACCUCUAAACCCCUUCUCCCAAUUCCCAGCUGCUCAAACUGCAGCAAAAUCUCCGUUUUCAUUCUCUUCUCUUCCAGCAUAUAAUCAUGGAAGUUACAGCAAUCCAAUGCAGACCAAACCCACUUUUUCUAUCUUCAAAAAAUCUCCAUUUUCUCAGAAAAGAACCAUCCCGCCGUUACAUUAUCGGAAAUGCAAGCUCAAGCUUUCCCGCCAAAGAAGGCUCAUAAUUUCUGCUUCUUCUUCCUCAGACAUAAAUCCAGGUGGACCGCCCAAGGUUUCUCGUGGGUUCGCUUUUCGCAGUCAAUUCGCAGUGGUUCUCAGCGGUUUUUUGAGAAAUUGGGCGAGUCUGUGAAGAAAGAAAUUGGGUUUGACUUGGAUUCCGCUAAAGUUGAGUUGUCGGGCUGGAUGCAAGACUCAAUUCAGAAAAGCCGGGAUGGGCUGGAACGGGUGAAUUCCGAGUUGGUACCUCAGUUCAUUAAUUGGAAUAUGGGAACGUUGGAAGGAUGUAAAAAUUUGGGAACCAAAAAGAGUGGGUGUUUUGGUGCUAUAUGCUUUUGUUAUGAUAUUUUCUUAUCAAAGAAUACGUAUGGAAAUUCGAGCGCCCAUUAUUGAACGUGAAAGAAAAGAAUUGGCAGAGGCAUAUAUGGAGGCAUUGAUUCCUGAGCCUACUCCUACUAAUGUUCGGAAGUUCAAAAAAGGUUUGUGGAGGAAGACUACACCGAAAGGUCUGAAGCUCAAAAAGUUCAUUGAGAGUCCUGAUGGGACACUUGUUCAUGAUAGUUCUUUUGUUGGGGAAGAUGCAUGGGAGGAUGACACUGAACGUUCCCAGGACAACAUAAAAGAAAUUAUAGAUCAUGAUGUAAAAUUGAAUACAGAGGAUAAGAAGAGUCUGAAGGAAGAAUUAGGACUAUCAGUUGAAAAUCAGGAUACAGCAGGAACAUGGCAUGAUAGGCUUCAAGCAUGGAAAGAAAUUCUUCAUGCUGAGAAAUUAAGCGAACAAUUAGAUUCAUUGAAUGCUAAGUAUGCCGUUGAAUUUGACAUGAAAGAAGUAGAGAACAGUCUUCGUAAGGAUGUGGUUGAGAAGAAACACGAGGAACAAGGGCACUAUGGAUCUCAAAAAGAUGGUGGCGCUACCGUCCUAAACUUCCCUAUACUUAUUUUCUUCAGAAACUUGAUUCUUCAGAGGUAGAACAAGACCUCUUUCUUUAAAAGUUCUUUGGAAAUGCAGUUCUCUGGCAAGGUGCUUCAGAAAGCCACUUCUUUCAAUAUUGGGAAAAUUACGUAUCUGUUCUGUUUGCACGAAGAGAUAUAUGAAAAUAUCCUAACCAUUUAAAAGGACACAUCAUGUUAAUAUUUAAUUAGUUAAUAAUUUUAUAUAAUUUAUGGCCACUUAUUUCCAAUUUAUUUUGUGUAUGCAAUGGAAUUCCACCUUUUUCCCGCUUUUAAUUCAUGUAAAUAUUUUGAGAUCUUUUUCAAAUUUCAAAUAUAAGAUAAAAUAUUUUUGAAUUGACAAACAUCAUCUUUAACUCCACAAAGUAAAAAGGAAAAAAAAAAUUCAAAUUCACAAAUCUCAAGUUUUGUCAUUUUUGUAAUUCUAGCAGUUAUUGGUUGCUACCAUCCUUGGCUUUGUAUUUAACUGAUUGAAAUGAAAAUUUAGCUUAAUGAGGAAAACAAUAUAGUGUUCACAUAAAAAUAGUAAUUAAAAAGAGCACAAAUAUUGAACUUUAUCUAUAAAUCUAAAGUUGAAGGACAAAUAAGAACAGAUAUAUUCUUCUAGAUAUAGGAUUCCUGUUGAUGUAAUUUUAUGAAGUAGGACUUAUGUGUCCUAAACAGUUGCAUUGGACUUAAGAGUUCCUUAUAUUGCAAUCCAGGACUUGAAAUAAUUUCCCUAUAUAUGUAUUUCACACAAUUUGAUGGUUGGAUGUUAGGAUUUAAGUGGAAAUGGAGCAUUUGUUGAUGUCAUCUUCAAAUUGCAGCCAGCCUCUUUUUCAUUUUCUUUUAGAUUUUAAAUGUCAACCUUGCUUAAACUAAAUUUGAAUAAAUAUUAGAUCCUACAUUUAUCAAGAGAUCCUGAGGUCCACAGCUUAGAAAAGAUGACUCCAUUACAACGUUCUUAAAUGACUUAUUCCGAAGUACACCAAUAUGUUAGGCUGUUCCUAACACGUGCUCUAUUUGUCAGGUUGCUGCUGUUGUCUUUACAAAGGAGCUGAAAAGAUUGUACAUAACUAUGAAAGAAGGGUUCCCCCUAGAAUAUACUGUGAGUCUGUUAUGCAGUUGUGUUUUUGCAGAGAUGAUAUCUGUCCUCGGUUAAAAUGCUUAUUACUUUCUAUUUUUCUUACCUUUUUAGGUUGAUAUUCCGCUCGAUCCUUUCUUGUUUGAGGCAAUAGCAGGUGCUGGUGUUGAAGUAGAUCUUCUUCAGACGCGACAGAUCCAUUACUUCCUAAAAGUUGUGUUUGCUUUACUGCCUAGAAAUUAAUCUUACGAUUUAUAAGAGAAUCUCUUAUGUUUCUUCAUAUUACAACAAACCGCUUUCUUUAUAAGAAAUAUAACCAACUUUUUGAUAUGGCUUAUGCUGAAAAUUUAAUUCUGGUAAGCAUUAUAUUAUAAGUUGAAUAGCACCUUUUUACCUAUAACCAUAGUUGGUUUUGAUCUCUUAUUUAACCAUUUACCCAGCCAGUUGGUGAAGUUGGUGAAACAAAAUCAAUGUACAAAGAUGUAGUCUUAGGAGGGGAUGUCUGGGAUCUUCUGGAUGAGUUGAUGAUAUACGUGGGAAACCCCAUGCAGUGUUAUGAAAAGGAUUUGAAGUUUGUUCGAGCAAGCUUGUAUAUUUCUAAGAUUGAUGAGGCAAUUAAGUAUGGACCAUGCUGCGAAUUACUGACGGUGCAAUUCACUGUUUCAUCAUCUACUUUGUAGGGUGUGCUUCUGUCUGGACCUCCAGGAACAGGCAAACCCUCUUCGCUAGGACACUUGCGAAGGAAAGUGGGUUACCUUUUGUUUUAGCUUCUGGUGCUGAGUUUACAGAUAGCGAGAAAAGUGGUGCUGCAAGAAUCAAUGAGUUGUUCAAUUGCAAGGAGAAAAGUAAAGAUACUGUUUUUUACAAUGUAAUGCUAUAUCUUAUGGUGUAAAUAAUUGGAUGUGGAAAAAGGAGUUGAAUUCCUUUACUCUUAGAAUGCAAAAGAUCUGUAUUAUGUUUAAUGCCAUGUCAUGUUUUUCUAGAACA